GAUAGAUAGAUAGAUAGAUGGAUAGAGCUGUGAAGAGGUUUCGUGGUAUAACCACAAGCGCUUCUCUUGUGCUCGGAAAUGUGAGGCCCCUUUUGAACCGCAAACUUACACAAAAUGUAACAUGUUUCCAGUUACAAGACUUUGAAAAACAUAUUUAUUAUUAUGAAUGUGAAUAAGCAUUUAUGCUUUACUUUAGAGAGACCAGGAGGGAGAAAGAGGUAGAUGGACUGAAAAAAGAGAGAAAAAGAUAGCACAUGGCUUCCCACUCGUUUCCUGCUCUUGAGUUUUAGCGUAAAUGUCACCUCAUCAGCCUUGCGGUUGGGUAUCCAUGAUCUGUUUCACUAUACAUUACAGCCUGUGUGUGUGUGUGUGUGUGUGUGUGUGUGGGAUGACAGAUAGGGCAGUAUCUACAGAGAAUCGCUGUUCUUUUAACACUGAAGUGUGUUCUAGUGUUCACAGACUGGAACAUGUGUGAACUGACUGACAGCGCUGGACUGAAAUGAGACUGUGAAGUGGACCUCACACACAACAGUUUGUGUUGUCAGGAUAUGAUGUGUGCUGGAAGGAAAAGCUCAUGAUGCAGAUUCUGAGUAUGAAUUCACUGAAGAUGACGGUGGUGAUGAUGUCACUCUUUUAUUCAGUUCUUUCAGAUCAAAGUUUAGAGUGUUAUAAUGACUACUACAGCACCUUCACAUGCGUUUGGAACACCUCAAAACUAACAACGAGUCCACCCAUUAGACCGGACUCAAACUGCUCCCUGAACAUCGUAGUUAAUUCAACAAAACCUUCAGUGGACAAAACUGCAAAAUUGUCUCCUGACAGCGCAGAACCAAACAUACGCCGCGCCACCAUCCAGUUUCAGCAUAAAACUAUAUAUUCAAUAUUGUGGAUAUAUCAAAACGUCACAUGCGAUAACUUUGUGAAUCCUGUGGCUGUAAUACCCAAACACCAAGCAUCCAAAAGUGUAAAAGUGUCUCCUCCUCAGAAUGUGCAAGUUGACAGGCUCAAUGUUUCUUGGAGUUUCGGAUCUUCAAAUACAAAAUCCAACACAUAUACGUUUGAACUUCAGGUCAAAUCUGCUGCUCAGAACUGGAUGGAUAAAGAUAUUACUGCAGAAAUGAAAGAUACACAUUUGGAGCUGCCAGAAGAGCGUUUGACCUUCCAUGAGCAGUAUGUGGUCAGAGUGAGAGUCAAACUUUUACUGACCAAUGCCAUCUGGAGUGAGUGGAGCAGAGAAUACAGCUGGACUUCUGAAGUGGGCAAGAGACGCACCACACAUGGUCCUGGACUGGAGUUGCUGGACUGGUCUUCAUUUGUAAUAGGAAUAACUCUUACCGGAAUCACUCUUGCCAUCAUCUCGAUCUUUGCCAUUCGCUUCAAAUGCAACAAAAUCAUAUGGUUCGAGAAAAUCCAGACUGCAUAUAUACCCGAUCCCUCUAAAUACUUCGAUGAUCUGAACUCCCACCAUAAAGGAAAUCUGAAGUCUUGGCUCGGUUCAGUUUUCACUCUUGAGGUGGACUCGGAGUGCGUCAGUCCGGUCGAGGUCAUCAAACCACAGGAUUGCAACGAUUCCCGACACACCAAACGAAUCGUCAGCGGAUUGCAGGACAAGUGGGAAUCCUCUGCCAAAUCCUCCGACUUCUCAAACUCCACCUACUUCCUGUCUCAAAGCUCUUCUGGGCCCCAGGACACCCUGGAACCCUGUCCUGCGCACUGCUCUUACGGGCCUGUGACGGGUGUGCAGCACUCCACUGUGGCCAGCGCUGAAGAGAAAGAUGGAGGGAUUGAGAUGGAAUCUGCUCUGAAGAGACUUGAGCAGCUCCGUCACGACACACAGAGUCCCGAUUCAGGCUUCGCCGCUGGAGCUGAAGACAGCCUGGAAGAAACGGAUCUUCCGAGUCCUCUCAGUUUAAAUCCGCUCCGUCACCUGCCGCUGGACCUCCCUGCUCCUCAUCCCAACAGGCUCCUGCUCUCGGGCUGGGAGCGAACUCCUCUUAUGCUGGGAUCCAACUGUCUGAUUCCUGCCAUUGAACUCGAUCUGGAUCUGCACAGUUCGUGUGGGCUUAUAGAGCCCUGUAGUGGCGAUUACAUGCCUGUGAAAAUUGUGCAAAAUUAAUUUAUUCUGAAGACAUCACGAGCAGCAUCCAUGCAGCAGCAGUGUGUUAAAUCCUCUUCUAUUCACACACAGUUCAGUUAUGAACAAUGAACAAAUUAGACGUAGCGUACCGUUCUUAUUGUACGUGGUAAGUUUAAAAUGAUCAUAAUAUAUUAUUUCUAUUUAUUGGAUGUUUACAACGUUUGUCAGAUACAGAAGUUUACUUUUUUAUUCAAACAGGUAUUUUGAAGGAUGUCUGCUAAUUUGAGGAAUCUAAAAUAAGUCAGUAGUUCUCAGUGACUAAGAAAUUGAAACCCAUUUGAGAGGACGUUUGCGCCGUCAGACUUUGCCUCGUGGAUUGUAUGUCACCAGCACGUGUAACAGAGCAAUUGUAUUGGACUUGUUCUUGGAGUCUGCGGUCCAGUCGGCAUUGAAAAACGAUGCCUUUGCAGGGCACUUCGAAGGGACAACAAUCAUGUUUCCAUGCUGUGGUCAUUCCAAACAGAACUUCCUGUAAGAAUAAUUUAAAAUGUGAAUUCUGAAUGAAUGUCAUUUUAAAGCGCUACACCUUUGAGUCCUCCGAAGCUCUCACAGUGUAUGGUAACGACUUCGAAGGGACCAAGGUCACCAGGAUGAUCCUUCUGAAUAUAAUCUGUUAAUAUUCCCGUUUAUAUCACCGACAGUUGCUCGGCUGGUGCACACAACCCUGGAGAGAAAAAGACUGGCUGUGACUUUGAAUGUUGUAAAAUAAAGCUUUAUUUAAAUUGAACAUUUGUUUUACAUUUCUCUGACACAUAUAAAUUAAAAGUCCAGUAACUUAAUUUGUAGGAGGCCUUCCUCGGUCUGUCCCGAGAUUCUACUAUUUUUUGCAAAAAAUAAACAUUAAG